AUGGAUCUCAUUGACAAAACGGUCGAGCUCCGAGGAAGCCAGGUGCUCAACAUGAACUCCUAUAAAGCGAUCGUCUACCAGCGUCGGUUUAUGGCAUUUGCAACGUUGCUUGCAUGGAUUGGUGUUGUAAUGCUGAUUGUUGCGCUUGCCACAACGCAUUGGGCUACCAUUGACUUCCAGAAUUCGGAUUUCGAUCAAGUACAAGUCGAUUUAGGAGUUUGGGGAGAAUGGCGUACGAAAACCAACACGCGCGGCCAAACUAUUGUUGAAUGGAUCCCACACUUUCCAUCACCACCGGAGCACGUUUUGCGGCUUUCUCAUACGAGUUUAAAACAUUAUUAUCGUUCUCAAGCAGCCAUGGGCGUUAUCUCAAUGAUCCUUCUCUUGAGCACCAAUCUCCUGGCAAUCUAUACCUUCUACCAUCAUCGUUAUAUGUUCAAACGUGUUGUCGCUUGUCUUUAUAUUGUAAUUGCUAUGGUCAUCUAUGCAACCAUUGAAAUUCUCUCGAAUAGCAUUGAUGAGUGGGACCUUCGAAAACGACAGGAUGAAACCGAUUAUGAGACCGAAAAGAAAAUGGGCUAUUCCACAAGACUUGCACAGUGUGUUAUUGGGAUCUGCGUAUUCGCUGCAUUCUGUUUCGCCAUCGGAUCCCAUAAACAAAAAGGAGAUGCUGCAGCAACCGCCGAGCUCGAAAUUGAAGACAGAGAAUACCAUAUUGGACGAUAA